AACACUUUGCAUGCCGCUGUAGUCGAGGCCGGGUCUGACGAGUGCCUGCUAGGUACCCCAUCUCCACACCACACAAAGCAAAUUUCUUUUUCUUUUUUUAGUAUAGAAUUUUGUGCUGCAUAAUUUCUCUUUGUUAUUUUUUUUCCUUUUUUUCUUUGGGAAAAAAAAAAAUGGUGAUCAAGCUGACAUCUGAAUUACGUGGCAAAAUUUUUGGACAUGUAGGAUUGAAAUAACAAUCAGGGAUUGAUCUUUGAGCUUAAGAGCUAGCCUGAGGCCCUGAAGGCCAAGCAAAGAGCAAUGGCACAAAGAGAAGGCCAAAUUCAACUCGCCAUAAUGGUUAUGAUUCCACCAGCAGAUGCAGCAAAUGUUGGAAGCAAUAAUGGUAAUUCAACGAGACCAACCCCAUUUAAUAUACCAUGGCCUUUUUUGCGGAUCCCUUCCUUCCGUCGUCGCAAACCAAGACCAACUGAAUUUAAUAUCCCAUGGGACUUUUUGCAGUUUCCUUCCUCUUAUUGCCAAACACCUGCAAAUGUUGGAAGCAAUAAUGGUAAUCCAACCGGAUCAACCCCAACAAAUGUAGGAAGCGAUAAUGGUAAUCCAACCGGAUCAACCCCAUCUACUAUCAAAUUGGAUUUGUAUCCAUUCGCUUCCUACGAGCGUCGAACACCAAGUAAGCCUCUUCUAGAGAAGUUUAUUUAUUUAUUUUUCCAGAAAUAUCUUGGCAAUGGCAUCAUGUAUUCAUUACUUAAAAAGGGUUCUUGA